UUUCACGCGAUAUAAAAAUCAUGAUACCAAUUCGGCCGGGCCGCAUUUUCACGUCAACGCUGAACGCCUAAAGAGAGGUCGUUUGUGUUUUGGUUUUUAUUCGUCGUCUACCACAGCUAGCUUGUGUGCUGCGACUGACUCAAAGUGUAAGAAAAUUGAUACGCUUGUGAAUUUUCGAUCGACGUCCUUCUUAGUGACAUUAACCCAAAAAUCAUUACAAUUAAAUAAAGAAACAAAAAAAAAAUACAAUUUCAAUUGGAACUCAAUAUUUUCUCACACAUGAAAUUUAACGGUUAAUAAAAUUUGAAAUUCAAAUAGUGCCAAGUGCAAUAAAGAAACAUAUAAAUUUGCGGCUGCUAUUUAAACUAUAGUGAGCGUGGAAAGCUUUAAAAAAAAAAAUCUGAUAUUUAAAAAAAACAAAAUCUGUUAAGUUUGAGGAAGCUAUUAAAACGAUCGUGAUUAAAAAAAUAAAAAUAAAAAUUGCAAACAAAAUUGGAAACUUUUGUGAAGAAACAGUAACAAAAAAGCGAACGUGCCAUUUGAUUGGAUAUUUUGAUUGGAUUAAGCAAAAAAACACAGAAACACAUAUAAAAAAAAAUAGGAAAGGAGUAAGCUAUAAAUAAAAGAGCUGUACAACACAAGUGAAAGGAUUACAAUAACUAUCCAAGCAGGUCCAGUAUUAGACGGAUAAUUCUUUAAGCGGUGCGGUGGUUUCCUUCCGCCUCACAGUCGGGUAUACAUAUGUGCAUGUCGGAGAAAUACAGCUAAAAGUUAAGUGACGGCUAAGGGGAAUAGAAAACAACAAAAUCUCAACUAAACCAAAACACAGUAAAACAAAAACAAAAUGGGGCGACAGCUGCCGGCUUAUGCGCUCGCGACGCUAUUCUGCUUAGUGUUCAUAGCGAAGGACGCUGUCUGCGAAGGACCACACGUUGACUCUGCAUCGUUACCGCUCGAACAUAGAGCCGUUUAUGGUCCACCAGCACCAUCGCCCGUAUACGCCGCCCAACAAGGCCCCAUACCUGCAGGAGUUAGCAACGAAAUCUCCGACGAUGCUUGGCCGCUCUCCGCCACCAAUGAUAGUCCACAGAUUAAACAUUUACAGGUGCAGUGCGAAAAGACGCAUAUGCGUGUCAACAUCGAAUUCGAUCGUCCCUUCUAUGGCAUGAUCUUUUCGAAGGGCUUCUACAGUGAUCCACACUGUGUGCAUCUGAAACCCGGCACCGGCCACUUGAGCGCCACCUUUGAAAUCUUUCUCAACAGCUGCGGCAUGACGAGUUCAGCCAAUCACAAUGCAGCGGGUUAUGGUGCGCCUACGCCGUCAGGCAGCUAUGUGGAGAACACCAUCAUCAUACAAUAUGAUCCAUAUGUGCAAGAGGUGUGGGAUCAGGCUAGAAAAUUGCGUUGCACAUGGUAUGAUUUCUACGAAAAAGCAGUCACAUUCCGACCAUUCCAAGUCGAUAUGUUGCAUGCUGUGACCGCAAACUUCUUGGGCGACAAUCUGCAAUGUUGGAUGCAAAUUCAAGUGGGCAAAGGACCGUGGGCCUCCGAGGUGUCGGGCAUUGUGAAAAUUGGUCAGACAAUGACUAUGGUUUUGGCUAUUAAGGAUGAUGAGAACAAAUUCGAUAUGUUGGUGCGCAAUUGUGUGGCGCAUGACGGUAAGCGUGCACCCAUACAAUUGGUCGAUCAGAAUGGCUGCGUUGUGCGUCCGAAAAUCAUGAGCAAAUUCCAGAAGAUCAAGAACUUUGGCCCAUCAGCAUCGGUUGUCAGUUUCGCAUACUUCCAGGCCUUCAAAUUCCCCGACUCAAUGAAUGUGCACUUCCAGUGUGUGAUACAAGUGUGUCGCUACAAUUGCCCCGAACCGAAGUGUGGACCUGGACUACCAGGUGGUGAGUAUGGCGUACCACAAAUCGGCAACAAUGCGCUUUCAGCGGAAUAUGGCGCACCCGAAGCUUACGAACGCAACGAUUAUCCACUGGGUGGAGGCUUACCGCCAGCGGCCUAUCCAGAUCCACGCCACCAAGCUGCUGACGCCGCCGGUGCCUACUCGGAAAAUCAACCUGAUGUAGUGCCUUCACCGCAAGCGCAAACAGCCGGUGUGACAACACCCGAAUCUGGACUACCAAGCUCACAGGCGACGCCACAGAGUGCAAACGAGUUGCAUAUGCCACCACCGCCACUGCCGGGCCAACCCGGCCAGUACAGCACUGUGAAGCGAAAGGAUGAAAUCGAAGGUGGUAAUCUGGUGUCGCUGGGUGGACGACCACGUUCGGUUGAAGGACUCGAUGACUUGCGUGGCGUGCGUAGACGACGUGAUACGAUAGAUAUAGUGAUGAAGCCAAGGAUUUACAAGCGCGACACGCAAGAGAUGACCGACGUCAAUACAAGUCGUACCAUACAGGUGGUGGCGCCGGGCGAUGUCAACUUUGCGCUCAACAAUAAUGCCAACAACGAGACCGUAGUUAUACAAUCGGCACGAUCUGCUGAUCCUGAGACGAUUUGUAUGUCGGUGCCGAGCUUUGUCGGUGGCCUAGUAAUGCUGUUGUUGGUGCUAGCUGUAGCAUCUCUAGUCGCUGCAUUCCUCUUUGUGCGAGUACGGCAUUUCGAUCGCAAGGGUGCCUCUAUGGCGUAUGUUAAUUGAAAAUAAAAAA